CAGGAACCUGUUUCAGGUGUUGAGAAUAUUGGCUGUGACAAACUGUAUGAUGAGGCCUGGAGAUCUGAUGACUCUGAUGCUGCCAGUUUGGAAGAGGUUCCAAUAGAUUACCUGGACAUUGAGAGAAAUGAUUGUGAGCAUACAGUGAAUAAUGCCAUCAAAGAAGUUUCCAAUGAGUUUCUGUCGGGAAAGGUUGGACCGUCAAGACAAACCAAGUAUGGGAACAGUGACGAAUCACAUUCUGACACAGAAUUCAAGCUUGUCCGAGGACUGGCUUAUGUUGCACGUUAUCCUGAGUCGGCAACUGGGAUGUCUGACAAUGACUGGAACCCCUAUGGUACAGAGUCAGAUACCAAUGUAACACCACGAGUUCAUUCUCAGAAUGGCAUAGGGCCAAAGCUGUCUGGUUCAAGGAAAUCUUCACUGACCUCAUUUAACCCCAAACUUCACAGCACUGAUUUGAAUCUAAAUACACCCAGUGUUGCAGUACAUAGCAUCCCUGACUAUGACUCCAGUGCAAAAGACACUGAUGAGAAGUCAAAGAGUAAAACAUUCUUUCUGCUUCAGCCAGAAAUUAGUGCAGAUGCUGCUUCAGUCUCUGGAUCAUCGCAGGAAACCAAACAAAGUAACAGUGACGACUCACAUCCUGAGACAGAAUUCAGGCUUGUUAGAGGAGUGGCUUAUGUUGCACGCUACCCCGAGUCAGCAGCUGGUAUGUCUGACCAUGAAUGGAAUACUUAUGGUACAGAAUCAGAUACCAGUGUGUUGCCCCUAGUUCAGUCUCAAAAUGGCAAAGGGUCAAAGCUUUCUGGUUCAAUGAAAUCUUCACUGACAUCAUUUAGCCCCCAGCUACACAGCACUGACUUGAAUGUUAAUACUCCCAGUGCUGCAAUAUGUAGUAUCUCUGACUAUGACUCCAACACAGAGAGCACAAAUAAGAAGUCAGAAAGUAAUAAAAGUUUCUUUCUUCUUCAGCCAGAGAUUAGUGCAGAUUUUGCUUCAGUUUCUCUAAGAAAAAAAACUAUGAAUCUAUCGAAACCUGCAUCAGAGUCUUCAGUAAACCCUGCUGAUCUCAAUAAAACAUUCAGAGGAUCCAAUCUUUCAACAUCUUCCAUAUUCACCAAAAGAUCAUCACACAGAAGUACAGUUGACUACAACUUACUUCAGAAAGAGCUUCAGAGUAUUCAAGAUAAUCUCCAUGUUCGGAAUCCAGAAAUGAGGCUAGAUUUAAGUGAACUGGACAACACAGUAAGCAGACAAUCAGUAGAACAAACUUGUUUUUCAUCAAGUAGUGACUGUGAUGUAAUUCCCAGUACCACAGUCACACCAGACAGGCAUAGGAACCAGAUGGCUUGGGAUUAUGCUGCAGAUCUAGGCUACCAGCAGCCUGGAGGCCUCAUGGGGGACAUCUCUCUGGAAACUUUCACCACCAAUUCUCACAGGCCUUCCAGUGACAAGAAAUCAUUCAACUCAGAUGGUGAUGAAACAAGAACAUCUGAUAGCAGUGACAGAGUGAUUGACCAUGCUGCAGCAGACCGGACCUUGGCUGAGAUGUCCCAAGUUCUUCAUCCACAGGCGGCCAACCACCAGACUUCCUAUAGCAGUGUGGACCAGAUGCUUUGCAACUUUGAAAACCAAAGGCAGCAGAUUGAGUCAGGCUACCAGCAGUUGAACAAUCCAGGUCUUGCUGAAAAGGUGUCCCGAAUAUUAGCUAGUCAAGACCCACAGUCUCAGGCCAGCGGGAUUUUGUUGGAAGUGACUGCACAAGAGAGGCAAAUGAGAUCCCAAUUGAUUGUUAACCCCCAGCGUAAAGAUUUUAAUUUCUCUGUGGCAGUAUCAGAAUUUAACGAAAGUGCUGAGAGUCUUGCAAAACCUGACAAUGUACGGAAGCGGUUAGAUCUGUCAGGGCUGAGUUCCACAGAGGUAAGCAGACUCGUAGACUCAUCUACUGUUUAUGUGCCAGCUAGGAAAGGUUUUCUUGCCUUUGACGAUGUGGCGAGACUUCUUUCAUCUCAAAUGGUGAAAGCAUCAGAGAGAACUUUCAACAGCAGUCUUGAGGCAGUUGUUCCUCAUCGCACCAUACAGUGCUAUCCCCUGACUGUUGACAGUAAGAUACAGCAGCAAGCAAGAGAUGAAAAACCUGAGGAAGACAUAGAAAAAGCAUCAGACCACCCAUCUGAAAAUAGGCCAAACUGGAGUGCAGAAGGUGACAGAUCAGAACACACCAGCAGUCCAGCUGAGAUUUAUGCAGCUAAGAGCGAACAGAACAGCAACAUGAUCCGGUCACAUGAUGAUUCAGACUCUAGUUCUGGCAGACGAAGAGAAAAAUAUAGGCCUUAUAGGCCUGCAGGAUCAAAAGAGGUGUACUACACAGAAAGUGAUGUGGCAUCUGUGGCUGACAGUGCAACUACCAUGGAGAGCACUCACUUUGGUUCAGAUGAUGCCAGAGGUCCAGUGCUGCCACCUAGUGUUCUAGGAAGUAGGCAAGAUGCCCCUAAUGCUCCUGGCAUUUACGGUAACAAACAGCCAAUAUUAAAGCAACAUGGGGACAUUUUACCCCCCAUUCAAGAAAAAUCUGGCCUGGAUGACCGUGAAUCUGAGACCAGCCAAUCACGUAAGGACAACUUUGCCGUAGAGAGUGUCAAUUCACAUGGGAAAAGUCCCGACGAAUCAUCUAGUUUUGCUGACCUGGAACGCACUUCUGGUCCAAAGAAGAACGAUAUCAGCAAUCAGCAUGAAAAUGUCAGUAAAACAAACAACAGGCACAGUCGUUCUGUUGCAGAAAGAGAACAUAGCAGUCAACGCAGCGAGCCAGUUCCAGUAACUGUAGGUGGCGCAUCUAAUGGAAGAUGGGCAAACACAAGGAAUCAGCAAGAACGUGACAUUUAUGAAUUGCAGACAAGAAUCAAAAGCAGAAAUGGAGUGCAGAAUUCAGAGAAUAAUAAUAAUUUAUCAUAUGAUGACUUUCAUCCUGUGAGCAGACAGAAUCAAAGAGUUAAUAAUUUUUAUGAGAGACACACUGAUGUGUCUUUACAUUCUCAUCAUUCAGAUACUUUGAGACAAAGAGAUAGAACCACACAAGCUUUGUUACUAAGAAGUCACACACCAUAUGAUGAGUAUAGAGAUGAAAUUGACAGUCAGAAAUAUGCCAAUCCCCAAGUUGUGCGUAACAGAGGAAGAAUCCUGUACUCAACCACAGAUGUUUCUGCAUAUUCUCCAUCAAGAUUCCAUUCUGAAAAUGAUGAAAGAUAUUUCACAAAGAGAUAUAAUGAUGCUGACAGAGAGUUUUCUCGACAGGAUCCCCUCUCAUUACCUGAGCGCAGAUAUCAUGAAGAGGUUCACAGAACACUUCACCGGUCUCAUUCAGAUGAAGAUAUGUCUGCAUGUGGAAGAGAUAAGUAUCAGUCAAGAAACUCCCCUCAUCUUUUAUCUUCAGACUUGAGAAAGACUACAGGUACUGUUUCCAGCCAUCCUGCUGAAAGAUCUUUGAGACUGUCCCCACAGGAAUGGUCUGAUCACCAACAGACAAAUGUACGUCGAACCCAGUCUCCACCACCAACAUUUUUAGCCAGAGAGCGCGGCCAGGUUCCAAGAUCCUACACACCUGGUUUGAGACCACCGGCACAUCCUACAAGACAUAUUGAAGAACAUUCAUCAGCGCCAAGAGCUAUGUUUACAUCACGGAACAUGGACGACUUGCGACAACCUACCCAGUUCAUGAACCCAGCUGACAGGCUAGUGGUAACCAGCCCAGAAAGUGAUAAUGCAGAAUUUGACCACCAACCUGUCAGCCAGAGAACACAGCUGCUGACUCAAGCACUGUCGCAAGAUAAAGAUCCAGGUGUUCAACCAGAUAUUGAUGCCCUCUGGGAGCAGUUUAAGGCAAACAAUGAAUCUUCGGAGACUUCAUUAAACACUUCAAGUUUGGAAGCCGUUACUGAUCUUAUUCUUCACCCGUCACCUCAUUUAGUCACACAGUGUCUUAAAGAACGUGAAGAACACUUGAUACAAAGACAAGAGAGAGCAGAAGCUGAAAGGGUACAGCGGAGAGCAGAACUGCUGGAAAGUCAUGUUCGCCAGAGUUCAAGUGAAGACGAUAUGAAUGUUAGAUAUGCAGCCAUGAUUUCUCAAAAAGAAGAGGAGAGAUUGAAAAGGAGAGCUGCUAAAAAGAAGAAGGGUAAAUCAACAAAUUUAGACACAGAAGCAGAAAACUGUAUGGACAAUCUGUUUUCUAUAGCAGAAGAUGCAAGCUUCGAUCAGACACCUAAUAAAUGCAAUUCUGCAUUGAGUGCCCAAAGUUCUAACAUUCCUCGUCGACCGCAUGUCAUAGAUCCCAAUAUGAAGAAGCUAAGAGAGCGUAUUUCAAAUCAAAGGCAAAUAAUUGACAAGUCUACUUUGAAGGAGAUUCAGAAAAUCGAAAAGCUGAAGAAGCUGGAACAUUUGCUUUCAGCCAAGAGAAGAAAUGAGAUCAGUGAUCAGACUCUCAAGAGACAGCUAGAAGAAAUAUCUUCAGUAUCCAUCCCUGCCUCAGAUGAGUCCCAAGAGGGUGUGGGUAAACUAGUUGAAAGCCACAACACCACUCCUCUUUCCGAUGACAGUACAACAGCUAAAGACAGCAGCACUGAAAUGCAUUCAUGGAAGACGCAUAAAGAGAUGAGAAGGAAGAUGAUGCAAGCUAAAGAGACCGAACUAAAGAACCAAUACAGUUCCAUCAAAGGAAGCAAGUACAAAAGCAGUUUGUUUGCUAGAAAUAUACAACAUGGAGAACAGCUGGAACCUGUUAGUUCAGAAAGUAAACUCCUCAAGUUGGUUGCAGAAGGCAUCUUGACAGCAGAAGAAGCUUACAGAAUAGCAGUUGAAAGAGAAGCGGCUUUCGAAGGAAAAACAUCACGUGAAGCAAAUCACAAAAGCACAGUUGAUGACAUUUAUUAUAAACAAAACAGCAGACUACACAGACUUUUUUCUCCCUAUGUCCGAGCGGACCAUCAUCAUGCCCACAAAAACCAUUAUGUACCAAAGGUAAAAUCUCCACAAUCUAUGUAUGAUAUGGCUGCUUCAUAUCCAGAGCCUUGGUAUGAGCAAGACAGUCUGCAGAAUUCAACAGAUGUUUCUGAUGCAGCUGAUCCUUGUCAUUUGGGUCCAGAUUACAGAAUUGUGUUCGCUCCAAUAAAAACCUCACAGAAAGCUCAGCCGGGAACCAGUUCUAGAGCUCAUUCUGCUCCAUCCGUUGCUAAGUCUACGCAACCAGAGAGCAUAAAGUAUCGUGGCAAGAGUCCACCUCGAUCAGCAACUGUGCUAACCUUUUCACCUGUCAGGCAUCAGAAAAGGUCAUCUCCUCAUAGACAGCAAUCUCCCACCAGUUACGAACGGAGAGUUAGCCCAAGCAGAUCACUAGCCUCACCCAGAAACAAAGAAAACAAUGCAAAACUUCGGCAGAACAAGAAAUCCACUCAUCGAGGGUCUGUUAGACAUGAGAAGAUUCACAGAUCUGAGCAGAAGUCAAUGCAAAGACAGAAAUCGCCUGUGAGUGGAGGCAUUGCUUGGCACAUUCCCCUAGAUGUACCACAGGACAAAUGCAAGCUGCCUAGUGCAAGAAAAGGAAUGCCACUGCAGGAACGACAGUUGGUGACCAACACCCUUUCCAAGAAAGCAAAGGAACAGUCACUACAAUCCGAAGAUGUGGAACCCCUUCAGGGAUGGCAGAUGACAGAAAAAAUGGGUCACAAAAACUGGCAGAAACCAGACCAGCCUAAAGGCAUAUCUGAUGAAUUAUGGGAACAUGAUCCACUUGCCACCAAAGUAAACCACAGAGAUGUUGACCCUUUGAUGGACAGAGUUGAGUUUAUUCUCAGCAAACAUUCAGGGAACAGCAGCACAGAGGAUGAGAAAAGAACUUUGAAUGGCAAGCCGUUGUCAAAACUGUCCCUUCAGGAGGCUUUGUUAGCCCGGAAACAAAGCUUCAUUUCGAAAUGUAAAGAACGCCAAAAGAGACUUGCCUUAGCCAGGGAACAUAGAAAGCUACAAGAGUGUCUAAGGCUGGAAAGAGAAGCUUUGUUUAUGGACCUGCAACAAAUGGCAGCAGCAAACAUAAAUGCACAUCCUUACAGUGAUAACCUUUAUCAGCCAAAAAGACGAUUUUUCUCAAAACAGGAAAUGAAGGAGAUCACAAUGAAACGUUAUAAGAAGUUGCCUGAAGUGUUGCAGAAACAAGAAUCAGUUAAGAAGAUGGAACAGUGUCAGCUUAACAGACUGCGAGCAGACAUCUUUAAUAGGAAAGUUCAGAGGGAGCUCUUACGUAAACAGUCCAUGAGGAGACGGUAG